GUCGGUGCAAAACAAGCGUUCACUCCCUCCAGAGGAGCGCACAGCUUCUUUUUGCAGGGGAGCCGGUGGUGGGGAAAUAAUCCAGUCAGAUCCAGCCAGCGUGUGCUGACACCGCUGACAGGUCGUUUUGGAGCAGUUUGAGGGCUGUUUUAGGGACAAUUUGUCUCCGAGGGGCAUUUGGAGCGGCCAGUGUGAGCCCUUAUAAUGCGGAGAGAUCAAGUCUUAGUAGUUAGUCGGUAUGAACGCAGAGCGGAUGGACCCUGAGCUACUGCUUUCAUGGAUUGACUGACUGACUGAUUGAUUGGCGUUCCGCUGCCUUUGCUUCUUCAGCAUCAGAGGAUUUUAGUUUCCUAUUUAAAAUUUGUGGAUUACUGUUCGGAUUCUUUCUUUUUUUGCCCCGGACAUCCGUCUUGAUUUUGGAAUUUAAUGAAGAUGAUUUUCUUACAGUCCGACUAAACCCGGGUCAAGGAUACGGACAGUGGAAUUAACCUUUCACAAGGUGAAACUACUCGUCUAAUUGGACCUCAACUCAUCUGUGGCCACUGUCGCUAAGUCCAAUAUGAAGUCUGUCAGUGUGUGGAUGUUCCUUUACGUCUUUCUGCUGCUCUUAGACGAGGCAGCGAGUUCCUGGGACGGUCCCUCCGCUCUGUCCACGACCUUGGCCACCAGCGCGCCCGCGUCCCCGGGCGCCGGCUCCGGGCCCCGGGCUCAGACGGAGUGGGUGGACUGCAUCCAGGCGAGCGACAUGUGCAACCAGAACCCUCACUGCAGCUCCCGGUACCGGGUGAUGCGCCAGUGCCUGGUGGGCAAGGAGAAGGAAGCCAUGCUGGACAACAACAGGGAGUGUCAGGCGGCGCUGGAGGUGCUGCUGGUCAGUCCUCUGUACGACUGCCGCUGCAAGAGGGGCAUGAAGAAGGAGCUGCAGUGUCUGCAGAACUACUGGACCAUCCACAUGGGCCUCAACGAAGGUGGAGAUGUGGAUGAUUUAUCCCCGUAUGAACCUGUACCUCAGCCUCCACCCAACCGGCACCACGACGCGUCCCGCUUGGCCUCCAUCUCCUCAGGGAUGCUGACGGUGGCCCCCAAAGGCUUCCACUGCCCCGACGGGGAGCGCACCUGCAACCCCUGCCUGGAUGCAGCCAAGGCCUGCAACCUCAACAACAGCUGCAAGAAGCAGCGCUCCACCUACAUCGCCACCUGCAACAAGGAGGACCCCAACAGGGGCGACGCCUGCAGCAGGAAGCGCUGCCACAAGGCGCUGAGGAUGUUCCUGGACCGCGUGCCCGCCGAGUUCACCCACCGCCUCCUCUUCUGCCCGUGCCAGACCGUGGGCUGCGCCGAGCGGCGCCGGCAGACCAUCGUGCCCGACUGCUCCUACAACGACAAGGAGAAGCCCAACUGCCUGGAGCUGCGCAGGAUCUGCCGCCAGGACUCUCUCUGCAGGUCCAGACUGGCCGACUACAAGGUGAACUGCGCCAUGACUCCGGACUCGGCGAGCACCUGCCCCAACCAAGACAAUCACCAGGCGUGCUUGGCCUCCUACACGCGGCUCAUCGGGACCGACAUGACCCCCAACUACGUGGACAGCAGCGAGUCCAACUGGGUCAUCUCCCCGUGGUGCACCUGCAAGGGAAGCGGGAACCAGGAGGAGGAGUGCACGGGCUUCCUGCGCCACUUCACCGACAACACAUGCCUGAGAAACGCUAUCCAGGCCUUUGGUUACGGGGUGGACAACGUCCAGAGCAGAAAUAUGUCUGUGCCAGACCCGUCGCUGACAACGAAGGAGGACUUCACCUCAGAACCCCCUUUUGUCAUCAUCACAAAGUAUUCCGAAGCGAGCGCCGGUGGCCUGGGCAAAAUCCACGACCUACCAGAGGAUCGCUGUGCCUGUCUGUGCGCCAGCGUCUGGGCUCUGCUUCCCGGCCUGGCGUUGGCGCUGGUCCUGGCCCAGCAUGCCUUAUAGGAGCGCCAGGCGGAGAAAAAAGAGGUCAUCCACCCCCGAGCUGAUCCCAAAAGCAGAAGGUGUUAUUUCUGAGACUGAUAUUAAGAGGGCUGAGUCUCUGAGCCGGCGACAUGAAUGACAUUUAUGAAAGAGCGAAAACAAAAGGAGAUAAAAGGCGGAAAAUGUUGACGUGUUCCAACUGUGAAUUUGUUGUUCAUUUAAUGUAGUGUUUUUGGCGGACCGCGACUGUGACGGAGCAAAAAGGGACCUUCCCAAGGGAAUCCGGGAGGCCGUUCUCUGAGAACAACCCUCGGUCCGACCGAGACACGAACCCCCCGGAGGCCCGAAGGCGAUCGCGUUAAAGACUUGUGCACUUUUCUCACCAAAGGAGCGAGCGGAGGAGCGAACAACAUAAUUAAAAGAAGACGGGAUUGACAGAAAGGAAAUUGUUGCAGAGAGAAAAGCAAUGAGCGGGAGGUAAAUGGGCUAGAGUGAGAGCGAAGAGAUUAGGACAGAGAGACAUAUUUCUGCUAUCAGUCACCUUCUUUUCUUGAAUUGGUUCUCAACUUAAUCUUCUCUUGGAGCAGUCCACAAAUUUAUGGGCGGGUACGGGGGUGAUUACGUUCUGUCUCUUCACCACUAGUGUAAAGUGUAAACUGUAAAGCCUACUCAGUGUUCUAAAUGUUGGUAUAGUAUCCGUGACCAUGAUCAAUCUGCGGUACAGCUCUUUCAUUUGAGUGCUACAGUAUAUUUUUCCAGCAGGCAGCAACCGGAAGCCCAGAGGGCGACUUCUACAGUGAAUGGUUCUUUGGUCGUUUGAGGUGUUGUUGUCGAUGACUGUGGGUGUUUCGACAUACGUCUACCUGCACCUGUGUACACUUCUGUCUCUAUGUAUAUAAACGAGUGUGUUUCCGUUCAUUCAACCUAAUGACAUCUGCAGUACCGUGAAUGGACAUUACUGUAUGCUAAGAUGGCUCUGUACCGAGUAUUCCUACUAAUGGAAGGCCUUCAUUAUCUGCGUUUAUAUUUGUCUAAUAUAUUAAGAAUGUAUAGAAGGAUGAGAUUAAACAAGCUCAAACUGCUUGAGAAGCCAUAACCUGUUUGAGUAUCAUGCUAAUGCAUACAUACAUUGUGCGUGGACAGUCAUUGUAGUGUGCGUGUGUUGGGGUGGGGGGGGAUCAGAGUGUGAUUGACCGCAGGACGUUAUAGACGAAGGAUCAGACGUCUCUGGCACCGAGAGCUUGUGCAGUAUCUGGCGAUUGCCCCUCAAAUUUUCAACAUCCCACAAUGUACAAACACAAAUGUCCACAAACAACAAGCAGCAUAUGACCACCAGACAAAAUAUGGACAUUUAUACAAAGCUGCCAUUAGAACAAUAUAGUUGUAAAAAUGCUGUAUUAAAUAAAACCACAGUCGUUUUAAGGAA